UAAAGCAAAACAUUGUCCCAUUUGUUACGCCCUCUCUUCUCACUGCUCGGCAGCUCUCUCUCUCUACGAUCUUUUCUGGAUCUGACCUAAGGCUAACCAGCCAUGGUGCACGUUAGCUUCUACCGCAACUACGGGAAGACAUUCAAGAAGCCACGACGUCCUUAUGAGAAGGAGCGUCUGGAUGCUGAGUUGAAACUUGUUGGAGAAUAUGGGCUUCGAUGCAAGAGGGAGUUGUGGAGAGUUCAGUAUGCUUUGAGCCGUAUCCGAAAUGCUGCUAGGGACCUUCUUACCCUGGAUGAGAAAAGUCCUCGCCGUAUCUUUGAGGGUGAGGCCCUUCUUCGCAGGAUGAACAGGUAUGGGCUUCUGGAAGAGACCCAAAACAAGCUCGAUUAUGUUUUGGCUUUGACUGUGGAGAACUUUUUGGAGCGUCGGCUUCAAACCCUUGUGUUCAAGACUGGUAUGGCUAAGUCCAUCCACCACGCUAGGGUGCUUAUAAGGCAAAGGCACAUCAGGGUUGGCAGGCAGGUUGUCAACAUCCCAUCAUUCAUGGUGAGGGUUGACUCCCAGAAGCACAUUGACUUCUCAAUCACAAGUCCCCUUGGAGGUGGGCGCCCCGGAAGAGUGAAGAGAAGGAACCAGAAGGCAGCUGCCAAGAAGGCUGCAGGUGGUGGUGAUGGAGACGAAGAAGAUGAAGAGUGAAGUGGAUGAGACUUCAAUUUAGAUCGUGUUUCUAUUUUAUGCGCCAUUUAUUUUAUCGUUAGUUUCGUUUUCUGACUUUACAGUCUAUUGUAGUGGAUGGUGCUAAACGUUUCCUGUUCUUGUUUUGUUAUGCUUAGAACUCAAAUGUUUUGCUUUUAAUACCUUAGUAAUGAAUUUUGUGGUGGUAACUUGAGAGAUUUUUAA